GCCCUGCCCUGCGGGGUUUUGCUCUGAGUUGGCGUGGACUCAACCGCAGCAGUUGCUCUCGCGUGUUCAUUCCUGAGAUAAACAACUUCAAAGGAUGAGUGAACUGGAGCAGUUGAGGCAGGAAGCAGAACAGCUGCGAAAUCAGAUCCAGGAUGCGAGGAAGGCAUGUAAUGAUGCGACGCUUGUUCAGAUCACAUCAAAUAUGGACUCCGUGGGUCGGAUACAGAUGCGAACAAGACGUACGCUGAGGGGUCACCUCGCUAAAAUUUAUGCUAUGCACUGGGGCUAUGAUUCAAGGCUACUAGUCAGUGCUUCCCAAGACGGAAAAUUGAUUAUCUGGGACAGCUAUACAACAAAUAAGAUGCAUGCGAUUCCUCUGAGGUCCUCCUGGGUGAUGACCUGUGCUUAUGCUCCCUCUGGGAAUUACGUUGCUUGUGGAGGAUUGGACAAUAUCUGCUCUAUAUACAGCUUAAAAAGCAGAGAGGGAAACGUCAGAGUGAGCCGGGAGCUACCGGGUCACACGGGCUACUUGUCCUGCUGCCGCUUUUUAGAUGACAGCCAAAUUGUAACAAGUUCAGGAGAUACAACUUGUGCUUUAUGGGACAUCGAAACCGCCCAGCAGACCACCACUUUCACCGGUCACUCUGGAGAUGUGAUGAGUCUCUCUCUAAGUCCUGACAUGAGGACUUUCGUUUCUGGUGCUUGUGAUGCUUCUUCCAAACUAUGGGAUGUUCGAGAUGGAAUGUGUAGACAGUCUUUCGCUGGACAUGUGUCAGAUAUUAAUGCUGUCAGUUUUUUUCCAAAUGGAUAUGCCUUUGCCACUGGCUCUGAUGAUGCCACGUGCCGACUCUUUGACCUUCGUGCAGACCAAGAGUUGUUAUUAUAUUCUCAUGACAAUAUCAUCUGUGGAAUCACUUCUGUAGCUUUCUCAAAAAGUGGACGCCUCCUGUUAGCUGGUUAUGAUGACUUUAAUUGUAAUGUAUGGGACACGCUAAAAGGAGAUCGUGCAGGUGUCCUUGCUGGUCAUGACAACCGUGUCAGCUGUUUGGGAAUAACUGAUGAUGGCCUGGCUGUGGCAACAGGCUCUUGGGACAGUUUUCUUAGGAUCUGGAAUUAACAGUGUUGUACAUAUUUUCUGUCCUCCAUUGAUACCUGGAGAAAUCAACGCUACAGCCUAUAGCUGUGAACAAAAUUCUACCUUGUAUUUGCAGGUGAAGAUUUUUCUAUUGAGAUUAUUAUAUACAAAAAGACACUUUCAGUAAACUAC